GAAACUAGAGCUUAGCUAAUAAGAAAAGACACGUCUAACAGUCUUAAUAGCUGUCAUUGAGAUCAAAUAUUUUGAACUAUAGUAAGUCCCUAGACAGUUAAUAUAUUUUUUGUUUGCAGCAUUUGAAAAGAGAAACCGACAACAUGGACAACUCUAUGGAAUAUUUGGGAUGCUUGGUAGGUCACUCUGAUUGGGUUACAUCUAUAGCAGCUCCUCCAGAUAAUGCAGAUAUUGUGGUAUCUGCAAGCCGUGACAAAAGUGUGCUAGUAUGGAAUUUGGCUGAUGUGAAGGGUGAACAUCAAUCUGUUGGAUAUGCAAAAACUCGCCUAGUCGGUCACAAUCAGGCUGUUAAUGAUGUAGCUGUUUCAAGCGAUGGAUCUUAUGUAGUAUCUGGAUCUUGUGAUAAGACGCUGAGAUUAUUUGAUGUAAAUGCUGGGAAGUCUGUACGCAACUUUGUUGGACAUAAAUCAGAUGUUUUUUCUGUUGCACUCUCUCCAGAUAAUAGACAAAUUAUAUCUGGAUCACGUGAUCACAGUAUAAAGGUUUGGAAUGCAAUGGGAGUUUGUAUGUAUACACUGGUAGAUGGUCAACAUAAUGAUUGGGUAUCAUGCUUACGCUUUUCACCAUCAACAAGUCAGCCAUUGUUUGUCUCAUGUGGUUGGGAUAAAAUUGUAAAAGUAUGGAAUUCAGAUUUCAAGCUUACAUGCAACCUAGUUGGCCACUCCUCUGUAUUAUAUACAGUCACAAUUGCUCCAGAUGGUUCACUAUGUGCUUCUGGUGGCAAAGAUGGAGUUGUGAUGUUAUGGGAUGUAAAUGAGGGGAAACACUUGUAUUCUUUGGAUGCGAGCCACUCUAUCAAUUCAUUGUGUUUCUCACCAUGUAAUUAUUGGUUAUGCGCUGCUACUGAUAAAUGUAUUAGGAUUUGGGAGUUAGAACACAAACUUCCAGUAGCAGAGUUUACUCCGCCAGUACCAAUUAAGAACGGACUACCUUGGUGCGUUUCUUUAACAUGGUCUAAUGAUGGCAAGACACUAUUUGCUGGUUCUACCGAUUCAAAUAUCUAUGUUUAUAAAGUUAAAAAUUGAAUUAUUUAGGUAAUUUGAUUAUUGAAACAUUAGACAUUUAGGCUUGUCUUCUUAACUGUUGAUUAAAAUGAGUACUUGUAGAGGAUAUACUUUUAACUAUAGGUUUAGAUGAUAAAUUUAAAGUUUAUUUGCUAGGGUAAUUUAGUUAUAUUUCUAGUUAAUACAAAGAGAAAUAAGUGACAAUAAUUAUUAUCACUACAGUUAUCUGUCCCUCAAUAACUAAUAUUAAGUACGGUGUACUUUGAUUCUUGUAGCUAAAU